UUGAAGUAGACAAUUUUAUUUCAACUAUAUUAAACUACUAUUGACAAUAAAAUUUUUCUCUAAAUAUUUUUAAAAACACAAAUUCCAUGCUACAAGUUACGAUAAAAUAAUUACACAGACAUGGUAAAAAUGAAGAAUUUACUCCUAAUAAGCUGGAAAUAACUUACCAGGAAACAAAAUCGCCAAUAUAUCUUAUUCAUUAGUGUGUUAAUGUACCAAAAAUUAUUGUUAAUUGAUUUUAAAUAAAAGGUUUUAAUGUGUAAAAUACACGACGAAUACUAUAUUAUAUUAGAGCCUUACCUAUAAUGAUCAACUUGUAUUUUUGCAUUUUAUCAGAAAUAAAAGGUGAAAGAGAAUAAUUUACUAAAGUAAAAAUUUUGAUUAAAAUAAUUAACGGAAGUAGGUUUGGAUUUUGUAAAUGGAAAAUUUCCUGAACAAAGAAAGAAAAAAGACUGAUGAAACAAACUUUUGAUUACAGUCUGCCAAGUUGGAGAGUUCAAAAAAAGCUGUAAGUGUAGAAAAAAAUAUAUUUAUAAAUUUUCUUUCAUUAAUAGUUGUAUUCUGCGGUCGUUGAUUGGAACCGCGUCAACAUAUUUUAUUCCACUCGCAUUGUUGUGGGGAAGCGUUUUAUCCUUUGAUUUUCUGGAGCAGUGAUAAAGGCAACCUUAUCCAAAGAGUGCAGCAAUCAAACGUACGUGCGGUGGAGCAUUUAGCAAUUCGCAACGUUAUCCUUUGAUUCCUUUCGUUGUGGGUUUGUCUUUUGUGUCCCGAGUUUAUCCCAAUUGGUGCUGACAACUGCAACAAAUCAAAGAACGCGUUUGGGUAGGUAACUCGAACAAUUUGGAAUUGGGCAUGCCAUGAAGGUGGCAUGUUGCACCCCAGACAUCAAUGUCCCCUAUGUGGGAACCCCAGGAACAAGGUUUUGUUCUCAGGAAGCUCUUGUCUUUCUUCAAAGAUGCAGCAAUUUCAAGCAGCUGAAGCAAGUCCAUGGUAGAAUAAUCCGUUUUGGUCUCACCUAUGACCAAUUGCUUAUUAGGAAGCUUCUUCAGCUUUCUUCUUCUUAUGGUAAAACGAACUAUGCCACUCUGGUAUUUGAUCAACUCAAUGCCCCGGAUUCCUUCACUUGGAAUGUCAUGAUUAGAGCUUAUACUAUUAGUGGUUCCCCUGAAAAGGCACUUCUUUUGUUCAAGGCUAUGCUAUGCCAUGGCUUUGCACCUGACAAAUUUACAUAUCCUUUUGUGAUAAAUGCUUGCAAUGCCUCUUCUGCCCUUGAUUUUGGAAGAGUAACCCAUGCUUUAGCAUUCAAAAUGGGAUUUUGGGGUGAUCUUUAUGUGCAGAACACCAUGAUGAAUCUCUACUUCAAGUGUGAGGAUGUAGAUGGUGGACGGAAGGUGUUUGAUAAAAUGCGUGUUCGAAAUGUGUUCUCGUGGACCACCGUGAUUGCUGGUCUUGCUGCUUAUGGACAAUUGGACGCUGCCCGCAAAUUGUUUGAGCAAAUGCCUUCUAAAAAUGUUGUUUCCUGGACAGCAAUGAUUGAUGGGUAUGUGAAACACAAGCAACCCACUGAAGCUUUUAAUUUGUUUGAAAGAAUGCAUGCCGAUAAUGUGAAGCCAAAUGAAUACACUGUGGUGAGCUUGGUUAAAGCUUGUACUGAAAUGGGUAGCCUCAAGUUGGGUAGAUGGAUUCAUGAUUUUGUUCUCAAGAAUGGGUUUGAGGUUGAUCCUUUCUUGGGUACCGCACUUAUUGACAUGUACAGCAAGUGUGGAAAUCUAGAUCAUGCAAGGACAGUGUUUGGUAUGAUGCAGGUGAGAAACUUGGCUACCUGGAAUACGAUGAUCACUAGCUUGGGUGUGCACGGGUUUAGGAAUGAAGCCAUUUCCCUUUUCGAAGAAAUGGAGAAGGCAAAUGUAGUACCGGAUGCUAUCACAUUUGUAGGUGUUCUGAGUGCCUGUGUUCAUAUGAAUGACCUAGAACAAGGUCAGAAGUAUUUCAAUAUUAUGACAGAUUGUUAUGGUAUAACACCUAUCUUGGAGCACUAUACAUGCAUGGUUGAACUCUAUACUCGCGCUAAUAAGGUGGAUGAAAUUCACACGUUCGGGAACACGAGGGCAUUGUCAAUGGAAGCAAAUCAUAAUGUUGCAGAAUUGCUUCAAGAGAGCAAACUCACUAGUAUAGAUGACAUAAAGAACUUCAUACAAAAGCAUUGUGGGGAUUUCGUUUUAUCAGAACUAGUUUUAGACCAUUCUUCCACAAGCACUCCACUUCAACUCCAGAUCUCAAGUGAGAUGUAGGUUGAUACUAGCCAAACAAGUAGAUGAAUUGUGACUUUAUCACACAAUGCGAGAGCUCCAUGUCACAUUGUCUUCUCAGGAGCUUAGAGAAGUCUGCAUACUAUAUAUAUAGCUAAACGGAUAUCUAUAGUUUAUGUUUAACAUACUAUGGGAUCCAUGAUGAUCUGCGAAGUUUGUCCUAUAAAAUUAAAGAAAAUCACAUUGGAGAAAGUGGGGGGAAAUUUUGGAUCUUACAAUGUAUAUGAAAAUUGUUGUACAUCUUAAGAUUUCCGGCAAAUAUUCUAUCAAAUUAGUAAAUAGGAUCCAACUUGUUUAAAGUGAGCCUCCGAUUUGAGCGGAUACAGUAAGCUUAUGUCUACUAUUAAAUAUUUUAAUCGGUUUUGUUUUGUUAAAUAUGUUAAAAUAUAAAUUAAGAAAAACUGUAAGUCCAUGAUCCUUUUCCCUCUCAUGCACCCUGUAAAUUAAUCUUGAAAAAGUAAUAUUUAAACAUUAAGAUUACAUUGAAUCA